CCUUGUCGAUCAUUCCUGCAUGGCUUGAAAGCCCUUGCGUUCACUCUUUGUCAUUUACUACCAGUUUCAUCAUUUGGUUUUUCAUUUUGCGUCGCCAAUGGAGGCAAUCCGCUCAUUCGCCUGCUCCCUGUGGGAGUCGGCCACGUUCUGGAAGACGACCGCGCUGGUCCUUGCAUUGCUGAACCUGAAGACUCUCCCCUUGGUGUGGCAUAUCCGCGUCUAUCGCUACUUCUUCAAGCAUGGCUACCUCAUCACCCCGGCCGCCGAGCAGCCGCCCCGACCCAGCACUGAGAUCCUCGAGCCCCUGAGCAUCUACUCGCGCGCCCCUGUGAUGGAAAUCGACUUCAACAUGCACAAGUCCAACUCAACCUACUUCUCCGACCUGGAUGUGUCGCGUACGGCGCUGAUGUCCAACCUCGUCGUCAAGGGCGCCGCGCUGCUGGAGAAACGGCUGGAGACCCAAGGCAAGAAGGGUUUUCUGGGUUUCAUCCUCGGCAGCGUCUACACCAACUUCAAGCGCGAGAUUCCCGCCUACACUAAGUACGAGGUCAAGUCGCACAUCGCCAGCUUCGAUCAAAAGUGGGUGUACAUCGUCACCUACUUCCUCAAGCCGAACACACGGCCCGCCAAGUCGGGGGCAACCGAGGACCCCGAGAAGCUCAUGAAGCGGCUGUACGCGGUGUCCAUCAGCAAGUACGUGCUCAAGAAGGGUCGGUACACGGUUCCUCCCAAGGAUGCGUUCGAGGCGGCGGGCUACACUCCGUUCUUUGCUGCUGCGGAGACCAACGGACAUGCUACGGGCGCUCAGAACGGCCAUGCCAAUGGGGAGGCCGUCCAGCGGAAGGCCGAUGGCGCCGGAGACUCGGAGGAGUGGGAGCGGUUGAAGAAGGAGGUCGAUCGGGGAUUGACUGUCAUUCAGCCCAUUGUGGAGCAGGAGGAGAAGCUUUUGGAGGAUUAUGUCUAUAAGAUGAGUCGUCCUGGAUUUGCAUAAGCGAGGAGAUGCAUUUGUUGGGGGGUUGGAGUUGAACAAGAGGCGCAUAU